AUGUCCUACAAUCCUUACGGAGGAAACCCGUACGGGCCGCCUCCGACCUACGGUGGCUUCCCGGGGUCUAACGGCGCCCCCGGCAUGGCUCCUCCACCUGGUCUAGGCCCUCCGCCAGGCAUGUCUUCCGCUCCAGGAAUGGCACCACCUCCCGGUGUCCAGCAGUCCAACAAUGCCCAAGCUAACCGACAAAGCGGCCUGCCGCCUAACUUCCAAGCUCCCGCGAACCUCCCAAAUAUCAACUUCAGUGCCCCCGUUAUCCGUCUCGGUACCAUAGGUGGUAAGACAGGCGGCCCCGAUGUCGGCAGAAAAGACAACAGUGCUCCGACCGGCGGACGGCAAGGAUUGGGUAUGGACCGCGGAUACGACCAAUCCCGCGCUGCCGCACGCGAGCACAUGCAGUCUUUGGUCCCGCCGACCAACGAGGAGAAGCUGCGGACAUUAUUCAUUCACAAGAUUCCUGACGGUAUCAGAGGUGACGAGGGCAUUGAAAUGAUACUCAAUUCUGUGGGCAAGCUUCGGAGAUGGGACGUCGCUGCUUCGGUCCUUUCUGAUGGCAAAGGAGCAAAGUUUGGCUUCGCACAGUACGAGGAUGCUGAUUCUUUUGCAAUCGCUUGCGAUCUGCUUCGAGACAUCGAGGUUCCCCUUAAGCGACAAGUACCAUCCGAGAGUGCACCGCUGGAAGGGGACUCUUUCGACGGAGUGGAAAUGGUCAAGCUUCAAGUCACCAUCGAUCCGAAUUCUCUAAAGUUCAUUGAAUCCUACAAGGAAGGCAGAGGCGACGAUGGUGGUGCCGAAUCGCGGAUAAAGACUGCCAAGGAGACACUGAAGCAAGUCAUCCGAGAUCUCGUGUACCCCAAGACCGCUAGUGCAGCCGACGGCGAAGGCGAUGUUUCAAUGGGGAACUCUGGGGAUAAUGUCGAGGUUGUCAAUAUCCCUCUGGCUCAGGACGACGAACUUGCAGACAUCCCUGCAGAGAUGAGAGAAGUUGUCGCCGCCGAGAUCGCAGCGUUCAGAGAACGCAGUAAUAAAAGAGACCUGGAGCGCCUUAAACGCGAAGAAGAGAUGGAAGAGAUGGAACGAAACCGCAAUGGCCCUUCUCGACCAUCGCGGCUAGAUUCUCCGCCACCAUCCAACUCCAACAAUAUUCCUGUCGGACCUCGUGGCAUGCACACCGCGCCAUCGGGCCCCCGGGGGCAUAAUGGUUCUCGUACAACCUCAUUCGUCAACGGAGGUAUCUCAAACGCCGAUAUGUCAAUCCACCGCGAAGAUGACGAUACGGAUGCCGACGACGAAGAGAGUUACCAGCGGGAGCUCUCGAAGCAAAAAUCAGAAGAAGACAAGAUGUAUCUCGAGGCGGAGCGAAAGUGGGUGAACAGGGAACGUUCCCGUGCGGCAGCCUUGGAGAGAGAAAAGGAGCGUGAAUUGCAGGAUGAAGAGACUCUGGAGAGACGCAUACAAGAGCAGCUAGAAAGGGAGAAGUCGUGGGAUGACGACCGAGAGGCGGUCAGAAAGAACCACUUGUACUACCGUGACCAUGCAGGCUGGGUUAAGAAGCGACAGAUUGAAAGGGCGGAUGAGCAAGCCAGGGAUGAGGCAGACCGAAGAGCCGAAGAAGAUGGGCGCCGCAGAGAGGCCGCAGACAUGGAGAGGGCGCGCGGCAUGGCUGACUCCUUCCUUGAUCGACAAGCCCAGGAGAUGGAGCAACGACAGCAAGCAGCGGCUUCCGCGCCCGCGCCUUUCAAGUUGUCCCUCGGCGCUGCAGCACAGCGCGCACAAGCCCAACGUGUGGCUCCUCAACGACGAACUGUUGCUGAGGUCGAGGGUCUUCUUGACGAUGAGGAGCAAGACAGCACGACAAGGAGACAGCUCAUCCCCAUCCAAUUCGAGCCUACGACUGCAGCGGACAAGAUGACCGAGGAGGAGAUCAGCAAAGCCGUUCGUGCUCUUGCGCAGGAGAUUCCGUCGGAGAAGGAUGGCCUAUGGAACUGGAGUGUGCAGUGGGACUUCUUGGACGACGCCAUAAUCCGGGACAAGCUUCGGCCAUUUGUUGAGAAGAAGAUUGUCGAGUAUCUUGGCGUACAGGAAGAGAUGCUUGUCGAGGUUGUAGAGGAGCAUCUUCGGAAGCACGGAAAGCCAUCAGAGCUAGUGGAAGAGCUUGCGGCGGCAUUGGAUGACGAGGCAGAGGAUAUGGUCAAAAAGUUGUGGCGCAUGGUCAUUUUCUUCACAGAGAGUGAGAAGCGUGGGUAUCCAGCAUAG